UCCAAAAACCAUUAAGCAGCCGCGAGAGGUGUCCAGCAAAGCGCGAAGGCAACAGGAACAGAAACCAUGACUCAGGUUACCCAGUCUUUCUCACGCAAGAGCUUGUCCAGCUCCAGCUCUCGCCCCUUCACCUCGCUCUCGCUCAGCGGAGGAUACUCCAAGCGCAUCGCCGUCGGUCACGCGCCGAGCGUCUACGCGGGUGCGGGGGCCAACAGCGUGCGCGUCUCUUACGCGCAGAGCAGCAAGAGCGGUUUCGACCUGGCCAGCGCGCUCGGCGGCGGCGGCGGCGACAAUGGCUUCGGCGUGGCUUUUAACGAGAAGACCACCAUGCAGAACCUCAACGACCGCCUGGCGAGCUACCUGGAGAAGGUGCGCUCCCUUGAGAAAGCCAACGCGCAGCUGGAGCGCCAGAUCCGGGAGUGGUACGAGAAGAGAACCCCCGUCUCCAGAGACUACAGCCACUAUUACGUUACCAUUGAAGAUCUGCGCAAAAAAAUCGCUGUCGCCAGCCAGGACAACGCCAGAAUCAUCCUUCAGAUUGACAACGCCAAGCUGGCCGCCGAGGACUUCAGAGUCAAGUACGAGAAUGAAUUGGUCCUGCGCCAGUCCGUGGAGGCUGAUAUCGCCGGUCUGAGAAAGGUCCUGGAUGAACUCACCAUGACUCGCUCAGACCUUGAGAUGCAGAUCGAGGGUCUGAAGGAGGAGCUGGUCUACCUGAAGAAGAACCAUGCCGAGGAGCUCGCGGCUCUACGCGCUCAAAUGACUUCCAGCAGCGUAAACGUAGAGGUCGACGCCGCACCUCAGCAAGACCUGGCCCGCAUCUUGGAGGAGAUCCGACACCAGUACGAGGGAGUCAUCGAAAAGAACCGCAGAGAAACCGAAUCCUGGUACAAGGGCAAAUUCGACGAACUGAACAAGCAGGUAACCACCAGACAGGAAGACAUCUCGAUGUCCCGCAGUGAAAUCAGCGAGCUCAGGAGGACGCUUCAGAGCCUGGAGAUCGAACUGCAGUCACAGAUCAGCUUGAAAGCAGCACUGGAAGGCACACUGAGAGAGACAGAGUCUCGGUACAGCAUCCAGCUCAGCCAACUGCAGGCCGUCAUUAACGCUCUGGAGGUGGAGCUUUCUCAGGUGCGCAUGGACAUCGAAAGACAGGGCAGCGAAUACAAACUGCUCCUGGACAUCAAGACCAGACUAGAGUUGGAGAUCGCCGAGUACAGGAGACUCCUGGAUGGAGAGGACAUACAGAGACAGACAAUCAAAGUUGUAGAGAUUGUAACUCCUCCUCCUCCACCCAAGCCCGAACCGGUGGUGACCAAGCGCGUUCGCACAGUAAUCGAAGAGGUCGUUGACGGAAAGGUCGUUUCUCGAACAGAGGAUGUCGAUGUCGAGGUCAUGAAGAAGUAAAAAAAAAAAAAAAAAACGACAGCAAUGACAUCCAUAAAGCCGGCACAAAUUUUUAGCCUCAACACGGCUAAUUAAAUUAUCCCAUGUGAAAUGCCAAGAAAAAAAUAAAGAGACAAGCUGCGAAA